CCAUUAAACCCGACGGGGCGUUGGAGCAAAUACCCGGAUUCUAAAACCCUGGCAUUUACCCGCUCACAAAUUCUUCCACCACCGGAGCUCCGUCGAGGAAGACGAAGAGAAACUCAAAUUGAGAAUGGGGACGUCUGUGCAGGUUACGCCAUUGUGUGGAGUGUACAACGAGAAUCCCCUUUCCUACUUAGUCUCAAUCGACGGCUUCAAUUUCCUCAUAGACUGCGGUUGGAACGACCAUUUCGACACCUCCCUUCUCGAACCUCUCUCCAGGGUAGCUUCAACUGUGGAUGCUGUCUUGCUAUCACACCCAGACACACUUCACCUUGGUUCUUUACCGUAUGCCAUGAAGCAACUUGGACUUAGUGCUCCAGUUUUUGCAACUGAACCUGUUUACAGAUUGGGCCUCCUGACCAUGUAUGAUCACUAUCUGUCUCGAAAGCAAGUAUCCGAGUUCGAUUUGUUUACGCUGGAUGACAUUGAUUCUGCAUUCCAAAACAUAACCAGAUUGAACCAAUCUCAGAACUAUUAUAUGUCUGGAAAAGGAGAAGGAAUUGUUAUUGCUCCCCAUGCAGCUGGUCACCUUUUAGGGGGCACGAUUUGGAAGGUGACAAAAGACGGGGAGGAUGUUAUAUAUGCUGUUGACUUCAAUCAUCGAAAAGAAAGGCAUUUGAAUGGAACAGUUUUGGAGUCUUUUGUGCGCCCUGCAGUUUUAAUAACUGAUGCAUACAAUGCUUUAUUGAGUAAUCAGCCUCCAAGACGUCAAAGAGACCAACAAUUUUUAGAUACCAUACUGAAGACACUGAGAACAGAUGGAAAGAUAUUAGUACCUGUAGAUACUGCUGGUCGAGUGUUGGAGCUAGUUUUAAUACUGGAACAGUUUUGGGAGCAGCACCACUUAACAUAUCCUAUCUACUUCCUGACAUAUGUUUCUUCAAGCACGAUUGAUUACGUCAAAAGUUUUCUUGAGUGGAUGAGUGACUCAAUAGCAAAAUCAUUCGAGAACACACGAGAGAAUGCUUUUGUUUUGAAAAAUAUAACUCUUUUGGUCAGCAAGAGCGAGCUUGAAAAAGUUCCUGAUGGCCCAAAGAUUGUCUUAGCAUCUAUGGCAAGUUUAGAGGUUGGAUUUUCUCAUGAUAUUUUUGUUGAAUGGGCUGCUGACUCGAAGAACCUUGUACUUUUUACUGAGAGGGCCCAGUUUGCCACACUGGCUCGUAUGCUUCAAUCAGAUCCUCCUCCGAAGGCGGUUAAAGUUACUAUGUCAAAGAGAAUCCCAUUGGUUGGAGAGGAGUUGGCUGCUUAUGAAGAAGAGCAAACUCAGAAAAGAAAGGAAGAAUCCCUUAAAGCUUCUUUGAUCAAAGAAGAGGAAGCAAAAGCGUCUCUUGGGGAGGAGCUCGCAGUUGGUGGUCCUAUGAUUAUUGAUGCAAACAUCAAACAACCUUCUUCAAAAGCUUCUGGUUUGAAACAUGGAGCUUUCAGGGAUGUAUUGAUUGAUGGAUUUGUUUCACCACCAUCUAGUGCGGGUCCCAUGUUCCCCUUCUAUGAAAACACCUCAGAAUGGGAUGAUUUUGGUGAGGUCAUCAAUCCCGACGAUUAUACAAUCAAGGAUGAAGACAUGGACCAGUCCUUUAUGCAAGUUGAUGGUGACCUCAACGGGAAGCUUGAUGAAGCAGCUGCGAGUCUGAUGCUUGAUACAACACCAUCAAAAGUAGUAUCUUCUGAGCUAACAGUAUACGUCAAGUGUUCAUUGGUCUAUAUGGAUUUUGAAGGUCGUUCUGAUGGCAGCUCAAUGAAGAAGAUUCUAGGCCACGUUUCCCCAUUAAAACUUGUCUUGGUGCAUGGCUCAGCCGAAGCCACUGAGCAUUUAAAGGAAUACUGUUUGAAAAAUGUUUGCCCAGAUGUAUAUGCUCCUCAAAUUGAAGAAUCAAUUGAUGUCACUUCAGAUUUGUGCGCUUAUAAAGUUCAACUUUCCGAGAAAUUAAUGAGCAAUAUCCUGUUUAAGAAGAUUGGAGAUUACGAAAUAGCAUGGGUUGAUGCUGUAGUAGGCAAGACAGAAAGCGAUACACUGUCUUUGCUUCCUCUUUCAACAACUCCUCCACCACCACAUAAGACAGUCUUGGUGGGCGAUAUAAAAAUGGCAGAUUUCAAGCAAUUUCUCGCGAGCAAAGGAAUCCAGGUGGAAUUUGCUGGAGGGGCUUUGCGAUGCGGUGAGUAUGUGACCCUGCGAAAAGUCGGAGAUUCGAGCCAUAAGGGUGGUGGUAAUAUUCAGCACAUUAUUCUCGAAGGUCCCUUAUCGGAGGAAUAUUACAACAUUCGCGAUCAUCUGUAUUCACAGUUUUACCCCCUUUAGAUUGCAGAUUAGUUCACCUUCUUUUUUUCUCUCUUAGGAAUUAUGCAUAACAUUUACUAGUUUUUUUUUUUUUUUUUAAUAUUUCCUUUUCAUUUGCUAUUAUACAUAUAAUAUAAAUAGUAACUCAUGUUUGAUGAAUGUACUUGAAUGUUUAUAAUUUCAAUGUGAUUUCUAGAAUUUAUAUUUAAUUUGUAAAUUUUUAUUCUUUUCCC